AUGUCGACAGGAAUAGACGACGACGACAGGGAGGACGAAGAAGCAAAGCUCGAGGAAGGGGCGCCCAGAGGAAACGGUCGCAAGAACCCGGCAAUAGUACCAGCAGAUGAUGACACUGGCAUGGUGGCCGUUACCGGCGGCGACGACGGUGCGACUGCCACCGCCGCGGGUGCCGCGGCCGGGGCCGCUCCUGCCCGCGGGUUGGCGCGUGGAUUGUCGUCCUUGUCCAGCCACGGCACGGGCGGCAACAGGCGUGAUGCGUUGCAGAGGGGGCAGAGGAACAGCACCCGCGGCCGCGGUGGUGGCGGUGGUGGCGGUGGUGGUGGCGGCGGUCAAGACCGCGGGGUGAUGGAGGUGUGGAACUUCGAGCGGCUUGCGAGGACGCCCCUGCUGGCGGCCGCGUUCGAGGACUACUCCAAGAGGGCGCUUUGCCACGAGUCGGUGCUCUUUCUGAGCGAGGUUUCUCGGUAUCAGAGCGACGACUACGCUACGUCGGCAAGACCAUCUUCGGAGUCAUCGUGUCCGACUCAGUUCGGCACGUUCUGCUACAUCACGGACACUUUCAUCAAGGGCGGCUCGCCGGAGGAAGUGAACAUCAGCGACGCGGACAAGAAGGCCAUACUCGACGUGUACCACAAGGGCGAAGAAUCCUUCGGGGGCGUCAACGAGGAGGACAGAAGGAUGAUUUUUUCACCAGCGUACCUGGAGGUGAAGAGCAUGCUGGAAGCCAACCUACUCCGCCGCUUCCUCAACACGGACCGCUUCAAGAGUGUGAGGAUGCAGAGGGAGAACGUCCAGGCCAUGAUGGACUCCCCGCCCAUGCUGCCGGCGGGGGUAGGAGCUGUUUAG